AUGCGCUACACGACCGCGCUCUCGUACAUCCUCGUCGUCUUCAUGCUCGUGGCGGCGCUGUCGCUGCUGGAGGCGCCGACGUCCGAGGUCGUCGGUGCCUGGUCCGAGCUCUCCUCGGAGGGCUGCCCCGUCGAGAACCUCGAGCAGCUCCGCCACAGCGCGAUCGUCUACACGUGGGUCAACGGCAACGAGCCGUGCUACAACAAGCGGCGCGUGCAGGCCGGGCUCUCGGAGGGCGGUAGCUCGCGCGACAAGGAGAUUGGCGAGCUCAAGUACUCGCUGCGGUCGCUGCUCAAGUUUGCGCCAUGGCUCGAGGGCCCGAUCUACAUUGUGUCGCCCGGGCAGAUUCCCGACUGGCUCGACACGACCAAUCCGCGCAUUACCGUCAUCGACCAGGACGACUUGCUGCCAUCGGACGUCGUCACGCUGCCCAACUUUGACACGAACGUGAUCGAGCAGUAUCUGCACAAGAUCCCGGGCCUCACCGACAUCUUCAUCCACAUGAACGACGACUACAUAUUUGUCAAGGACGUCCAGCCGUCGCACCUCUUCACGUGCCACGGUGGCGGUAUCCGCAUGCUCACCGAAGUCAACCACAUUCGCCACGGCGCCAACGCAUGGCUCGCAAGCGUUCGCAACACGCUGCAGCUCACCGACGCAGUCUACGGCGGCCAGCACGUGUACAACUUUAUGAAGCACGCGCCGUUCGUGUACUCUCGCCUCGCCCAAGAGGCCAUUCACACCAAGCCCGCGUUCAAAGCGGCGCUCGAUGCGACGGGAACCAACCAAGUGCGGUCGCCGUCCGACCUCAACUUCCCGCUGCUGCAUGCAAUCUACAUGAUUGAAGAAGGCUCCAAGGCGCUCGGCGUGCCGUAUACGCUCAACCCAACCUCCGAGUCGACCGACACUUGGCUUCUCGUGCGGCUCGCGGACGGCGCCAAAGCCCACGCCGACAUGAACGCCGUGUUCUCGCGCGUGCUACAAGGGCGCGGCAAAGAGGUGUGUUUGGCCCUCAACGACGAGUACUCUACCGCCGCGACGGCCGCGAUCGUCCAGCGAUUCUAUGACAAGCUCUUGCCGACGCCAGGCCCGCACGAGCUGACCAAGCCGUCCAAGAUCUUGAGCAACUACCGCGGCUACGAGUGCAUUUACGACCGCAACAUCAUUCCGCGCCCGACGUCGCCACGGUCGAUGCGCUGGAAGGCGUCGUCGUUCGUUCCGGCCAUUGGCUACGAACUGAGCAGCUUUUUUCACGCGAGCGAAACCCACUGGAACGGACUGGAGCUCUUGGGGUAUCUCGGAGGUCUCUCGUUUGCCGCGGCGACGUCGCUGCUUUUGUAUCAAGUGCUCCACCCCGAGACCAACCAAAAGACCAAAUAA